AUGGAAUCUUCACUCUCUCGCAAAAAGCCGAAGAAAGAGAAAGUCGGAAUUCGAGAAAAGGUGUCGCAAGGUGUCGGCCGGGGGAAUUCCGUUCUCGCCCUGUUGUUCCCCGAUUUCAUCGGGACUCGCCGGGGGCAUCGAUCAACGUCACGCAUCGGAAUUCGAUCUGGGAACGAGGAGUCAAGCGCCGCCCAUGCCUGGCCACGCACCCGUGAGCAGGGGGGCUGGGGCACGCUGCCUCGCGGUGCCGCCAGUCCCAGUUUCGACGACGAGGGAGAAGCAUGCGACUUUGUGCUGCCGAAUGGACCUGUGCGGGCUCACGUGCAGGUCCUUGAGAGGGGGUGGCAGGUGCCGGUCCUUGAGAGGGGGUGGCAGGUGCCGGUCAUCGAGAGGGGGUGGCAGGUCAGGAAGAUCUCGGCGCCUGGGAGAUUCGUGGAUCACUGGAACGAGCCGAGUGCCAUCUUUAGGAGGACGGUGUCCGACACGGAGUGCGGCGACAUGACGGGUCGACAGGGGAGCAACAUCCCCAAGUACAGGGGGCGACUGCCCCGCCCCAGGUUCGACCUGUCGGGCGACUCCUCCUCGGAGACCAACUCGUCGCGCGGCAGUCGCAGUGCGAAUUCCUCGCUGAACCUGAGCGAGGCUUCCGUGUCGCCCCAGAGUUCCGUGUCGCCUCAGAGUUCCGCGUCGCCGAAGAGUUCCACCGGAGCCGGCACGCCAUUACAGAAGCGGAAUCACCUCACCGUUAGCGGUAAGCCGACUCCCGGUGCCAGGAGGAGUCAAUCGGUGCUCGCGAAACCUCAAGUCCGAAAAUCGUGCAUACCGACCCUCGAGAGCAAAAAAAGUAACGACAUCCCCCAAAAAAGUAACGACAUCCCCACAAAAAAUGGCGACAUCCCCCGAAGAAAUGGUGACAUCCUUCAAAAAAAUGGCGACAUCUCCAAGGCCCCCAUCAUCGGCGUCAGAGCAAAAUUGGAGCGAAACGCCUCGAACCUCCCCCGUCCCCGGUCCAGAAACAACUCCGGCUCCACCUUGCGCUCCACCUUGCGCUCGAACUCCACCACGUCCUUGUCCAGCACCGCCUCGUCCACGUGCAAGCGAGCCGGUAAGAAUUCCCCCUUGAUCUCGCGAGUGAAGAAUCCGUCGCCCCUGAGCGCGAGAUCGCGGACGAGUUCCACGUCCAGCCGGACCGGGACGACCCAGCCGGCCAACAAUGCGCCGAACAGAGCCGGAACCGCAGCCGUCCGGCCCGGGAUCCGACCGACCCCGAAGCCGUCCCCGAAGCCGGAGCGCCCCGGCAAGUCCUUCGCAAGUCUUCCCCAGCCCUCCCGCCUCCUCUCGCAGACGCCCAAGGGCGAGAGGGCCAAGCGGACCGAGAGCCUCCGUCGCCCCGUCGAGUCCACGACCCUCACGAGGAAUCAGACGUUCACGGUGAGGAAGGCGGCGAGGGACAGCCCCAGGAUCAGGAAGAGGGGCGGCGACAGGCCAGAGACGCCGGAGGAGAGUCCUCAAAAGAAUGCCGAGGAGAGUCCUCAAAAGACGGCCGAGGAGGCUUCGAAAGAAGUCGCAGAAGAUGCUCCUAAAUCUCCUUCUGCGACGGCGAAUUCUGCGACUAAAACGGCGGCAGCAAAUUCUGCGACUAAGGCAGCGACAGCGAAUCCUGCGACUAAAAUAGCGACAGCAAAUUCUGUUACAAAAAUCGCGACCUUAAAUUCGGCGAUUAAAAAUGCUUCCACGGAUUCCGCGAUUAAGACCGCGACUAAGACCGCGACGCCGGCCGUCGCCCGGAUCAUCAUCCGCUCCUCGUCGGAGGACGAGUCGAACGACGACGGCAAGAUUCCGGCGAAUUUCCAAAUCCUGAAUCCGGCGCCGGAAGUGAAACUCUGCAUCAACGGCAUCGACUCCGACCUGGAAAAUUCGCUGCCGCCGAAGUACGUGAACAUCGUGGAGCUCUCGGGCGACUCGAACGCGCCGGUCGCGCCCGCGGCGAUCGCGGACGCGAAGGACGACCUCGGCGUCCAGUUCGACGCGAUCAUCUCCUCGCUGAAGCGGGUCGCGGACACGGUCGCGGAGUCGAACGUCGCGAACGGCCUGCGGAACUGGGAUCUCCUGGGCGAGCAGGACCUGCCGGGUUGCCGAGAAGUCGCCAAGACGCCGUUCGGUCGCGAUGCCGCGAAUAGCAGGGGAGUCCCUGUCGCUAGUCACUGGCAGGGUCCAGGCAGCAGGGACAUUUCAAUUCGCAGGGACAUUUCAGGAAACCGACAAAUUUCAGGGAAAAGGGACAUUUCAAUGAACGGAGACAUUUCAGUGGAUAGGGACAUUUCAGUGGAUAGGGACAUUUCAGUGGAUAGGGACGUUUCAGUGAACGGGGACGUUUCAGUGAAUGGGGACAUUUCAGGGAACCGAAAAUCCCAGCCGGUUCGAAGGACUCCGAGCAACCGGGUGCAACGCACUCCAUCCAGAGCACAAGACGCCAAAAACGCAGCUCGCCCUCAACCCAACGAAGCAGGAAAACUUGCUCGGCCGAGUGCCACACCACCGAGAUCGCUGAGACCGCCGACAAACCAGGCCAACAAGGCCCCCGCCCCGGAGAGCAAAAAACUCGUCCGGCCCCAGACCCCGUCGGCGACCCGGAAAAACGGCAUCGCCAGGACCGACCCGCCGAGCCAAUCCGGCGGAAACCGGAACGAAAAGAACCGGGAACUCCUACAGCAGAUCACGGCGGAACUGGAACGGAUCAAGGGCCAUCCGGAAGACUCCAACUGUUCCAGUCCGGACCUGAAGGAAAUCUGGACGCCAGACUGGGACGCAUUCGCCCUCCGCGCCUCCCAAGCGACAAGUCUUCCCCACCCGCCAAGUCCUCCCCACCCGGCAAGUCUUCCUCCGAGCCAGCGCCCGGAGGAGCCCCUGCCCGACUACCUCCCCCCGGCGCCCUCCCGAGAGCGACCCCCCGCCAAGCGCGUCGUCUCCGUCACCGAAGCCCCCGAAGAAGGCGGCUUCGACCGGCACCACCCCCGCUCCAUGUCCUUGCCCAAGUCCUUCCUCUCGGACCGUUACGGCAUCCCGGGCAUCAAGAGCGCCCUGCCAAGGUCAGUCCCGCUUUUCUCUUCCUUGCCGGGUGGCUGA